GCAACCACAACACCACACCCACACACACGUACAUACACGGCCACACCCCCUUCGCACGGCAGCAGGACAGGCCCGGGCAUACUCUUGCAUCUGACAGGCCCAAGGCACCGCGUCUAGCUUCUUUGACACCUCGCUGUCAUCUCGGAAUAGCUCGGCACAUCCGCCGGAAUAUUUUUGCUUGCCAAGGCCUUUUAAAGUGCUCAGCUCAUCCUCUUAUAACACUUCUUGUUUAGCACGACGCAAAUCAUCCACUUCUGCAUCGCCUGAAAGAAAGUAAAAGCGUUGGGUCCAAGAAGCAGUGCCCAUCAUGGACGACAUGGAGAAGAAAAUACAAGAUGUUUAUCGGAAAAUUCAGCGGGAGAAUACGUUGAUUGAAGGUUCGAUCCGCAUGCGACAAGGCACGUCCAAUCCGUCCGUUCAACAAGCGCUCGAUACAAAGAUCCGAGAGGGACAAAAGAAUAUCAGCUAUUUGCAAGAGUCGCUGAGCAAGUUGCAGAUGUCUCAAUCGAGUGCGCCUCCGCUGCCGCCAAAGAACGACCCAAGCAGUGCACACGAUAUGGCACGCUUGUCAACUUUACCUACGCCACGGGCUCCGUACUCUCAGCAGCCUGGGCCAGGUAUUCCCAAGACGCGCAACUACACAAAGCUGGAUCUCAUCAAAGCAGACACGCCGCACACGCCGGCCAAAAUUUCGUUGAUGCUGCAGCAAUUGGAAUUCAAGUUGACGGUCGAGCGCCAAUACAAAGAAGGUAUUGAAAAGAUGCUUCAGCUCUAUGAAAUUGAAGGAGAGCGCAGAGCAAAGUCUGAUGCAAAGGCGAAGCAGGUUGAAUCACAACAAAAGCUGCAGCUACUCAAAACGGCACUGAAAAGAUAUGAGGCCCUACAUGUCGACAUUGACGAAGAACCCACUGGCGAUGAUGACUCAAUGAGUGCACCGAACCAGCGGAAACCUCUCUCAGGUCAGCUCAAGAUCGGCAUCAAGGCCGUUCGCGAGGCCGACCAUGCUACUACCACACGUUUUGGUCGAAGCCCAGAGACAUUUGUGGUUGUGAAGGUUGAGGAUAUUGUGCUCGCCAAGACUGCAAAGGUCCGAACAGAUAAGUGGAGUGAAGAGUUCAAUUUGCAGGUUGACAAGGCCAAUGAAGUGGAAAUCACCGUCUACGACAAGGCUGGCGACACUCCGCUGCCCAUUGGACUGCUUUGGAUCCGAUUGUCUGAUAUUGUAGACGAGUUGCGAAGGAAGAGAAUUGAGCAGGAGAUUCAAGCGAGUGGCGGCGAAUGGGUCUCUGCCGAUGGCCUGCAACAAGGCUCUUACCAAUAUCCUGGCUCAACUGCGCCGACCAUGCCUGGUCGCACAAACACUGCGAAUCGCAUCACUCCGCUCGGCUCUCACCCGUCGAUUCCUUCAGCGUCCGGCACCGAAGCAUGGUUUGCUCUCGAGCCAGCUGGCCAGAUUCAGCUGAGCUUGGACUUCAUCAAGGAUACGACCGGCAAGUCGCCUGCGCUUGGCGGCCGAGGUGGUCUCCGUCGACAAGCUGCUAUUCGUCAGCGCAAGGAGGAAGUGCAUGAGAUGUAUGGCCACAAGUUUGUGCAGCAGCAAUUCUACCAAAUAAUGCGGUGUGCUCUUUGCGCCGAGUUUCUGAAGAAUGCAACGGGCUAUCAAUGUGCAGACUGCAAAUACACUUGUCACAAGAAGUGUUAUCCCCGUGUCGUCACCAAGUGCAUCUCAAAAAGUAAUGCAGAGACUGAUCCAGAUGAAGCAAAGCUCAAUCACCGAAUCCCGCACCGCUUUGAACCACUCACUAACAUUUCUGCCAAUUGGUGCUGUCAUUGCGGCUACUUGCUUCCACUGGGCAAGAAGAAUGCACGCAAGUGCAGUGAGUGCAACCUCACUUGCCAUACGCAAUGCUCGCAUCUUGUGCCAGACUUUUGUGGCAUGUCUAUGGAGAUGGCAAACCAGAUUCUUGCCACGAUCAAGCAAUCUACCAAUGCAAUCCUGUCCAGGCCACCAAAGGAGAAGUUUUCAAUGACAGACAACAUGAAUGGCGGUUUGAGUGGUCGCCCACCGCAGUCUCAUCAGCAACGGCCGGUUCGCAAGCAAGUGGUGAGCGAGCAAUCCUACACGGGAAGUACGCAAGACUCUGAGUUUGGACGUCCACAAAGCGCUGGACGACCUCAGCAGCUACGGCUAGACUCGAAUGCAGCGGCAGCAGCAGCCAUCAACCGCACAGGAUCCUAUGCUUCGUCCUCGCGGCAGUCUCCUGGCAGUUCACCAAUUACCGAACGUCCAUCACCGCAGAGUCGCCCUUCUGCAGGACCUCGCACAACAAGUGCUGCUGCAGCUGCAGCAGCUGCUGCGUCCAAGGCACUUUCUGGCGCGACGGGCAGUCAAUCGCAGCGAUAUCCACCUUCACCUUCGCAGCGCACCAGCUACCAGGAUCUCCGCCAGCAGCGUCCUUCACAAUCGACUGCAAGUGAAAGCAAUCUGGUGCUGCCCAACGUGCCACUCGUCUCGCCCCUUUUGUCCACCAAUGAUCGCAGGGAUCCCAUUGCACAACAAUUGCAGUCCCCAGCACAACCCGGAAAUCGUCAACAGGCUGCACCACAACAGCAAGUUACGUCGCCGCAGCAGGGCCAACCUACCUCUCAACGGCCACGUCGUGUGGGCCUUGCCGACUUCAACUUUAUUGCUGUGCUUGGCAAGGGCAACUUUGGAAAAGUCAUGCUUGCAGAGUACAAGGCUACCAAGAAGUUGUAUGCCAUCAAAGUGCUCAAGAAGGAUUUCAUUAUCGAGAAUGAUGAAGUAGAGAGUACGCGCUCGGAGAAAAGAGUAUUCUUGGUUGCCAACAAGGAGCGACAUCCCUUCCUCAUCAACCUCCAUUCUUGUUUCCAGACAGAGACUCGCGUCUACUUUGUCAUGGACUACGUGUCUGGAGGAGAUCUCAUGCUGCACAUCCAAAAGGAGCAAUUUGGCCGUCAGCGUGCUCGCUUCUAUGCUGCUGAAGUGUGUCUUGCUCUCAAAUACUUCCACGAGAACGGUAUCAUCUACCGCGACCUGAAGCUCGAUAACAUCUUGCUCGGAACGGAUGGUCAUAUCAAGGUAGCCGACUAUGGUCUCUGCAAGGAAGAGAUGUGGGCUGGUCAGACCACCACGACCUUCUGUGGUACGCCUGAGUUCAUGGCACCGGAGAUUCUAGCUGAGCAACGCUAUGGUCGCGCAGUCGACUGGUGGGCUUUCGGUGUGCUCAUCUACCAGAUGCUGCUGGGCCAGUCUCCCUUCAGGGGCGAGGACGAGGAUGAGAUCUUCGACGCCAUUCUCUCUGAUGAGCCCCUCUAUCCCAUUCACAUGCCAAAGGACUCGGUCGACAUUCUUCGCAAGCUCCUUAUUCGCGAGCCGGAGAAGCGUCUUGGCUGUGGACCAACCGAUGCUCUAGAAGUCAUGAAUCAUCCAUUCUUUGCUGAUAUUGACUGGGAUGCCAUCUACCACAAGCGUGUCAAGCCUACUUACGUUCCUACCCUUCGCGACGCGACUGAUACCUCCAACUUUGAUGAAGAGUUCACCAAGGAACAGCCCAAAUUGACCCCAAUCAAAAACAGUGGUUUGUUGACGGCUCAGAUGCAGGAGCAAUUUAGAGGAUUCUCCUGUACAUGCGACUGAGUCGUUCAACAGGUCGCGUAGCCCAUCUUUAGCUACGUACAGUCAAUCAUAAGCUAGAUUUUUGUUCAUAGCAUCACCCGCGGUAGUCUCUUGUACGUUCGAAAAUUGCAAUAUUUGAGCUUGAG